AUGAGCCACUACUCGUACGACAAAGACGACCUGGAUGUCCAUAUAAGCCGACGCCAUUCUCCAGAGUCUUUUCGAUAUGUCAGCACAGCGCCACGACAAUACUAUUCUCCCUCGUACAUUGUGCCUGACCAAGGCAUGCAUGUUAUUGCGCGCAGUCGUUCCCGUGAACGGAGCAGCCCGCCCCAACCCGCUGGACCCGUCAUUAUCCAGAACAGAAUCUACAAUGAGAUUUCUUCCGAAGAUGAGUAUGAGCCGUCUCGGCGACGCCGAGACCGGCGUCGCAACUACUCCCGCUCCCGCUCCCGCUCCCGCAGCCAAUACAUGACAACAGAAGACUGGAAGCUCGAAUUGGACCGGCGCGAGAUAGAGAGGCUCCGCAUCGAGCAAGCGAAGGAGAAAGAAUACCGCCGUACCAGCAAAGAACGGCGAAAUGAGGAGGAUUUGCGCCGGGCAAAAGGGGAGCUGGACGUGAUUAAGCGGCGAGAGGCGCAGGCUGAAGAAGAGAAACGCAUCAAGCGCGAGAUAGAAUUCAAGCGCCUGCGUGACGAGGAGCGUGCCACCGCAGAGAAGGAGACUCGGGAUAGGGAAGCCAAGGCCGCUGUGGACAGAUAUAAAAAGGAAGAAGCAGAUCGAAGAGAAAAGGACGAAAAGGAAAAAAGAACCGCUGAAAAGGAGUACCAGAGGCGUCUGCAGGAACAGCUACUUGCUUCCGGAUUAAACGAAGAGGCUAUCAAUGCUAUCAUCAAAAAGGAGAAAGUCCCGGAAGCUAGAAAUGAGCGAGCGACAUACACUCGGAUGCCCCGCAAACAUCUGUCAAUCGAGACUCUAAGAACUUUCAAGAUUGAAUAUGACCUUGAUUCUGCUGACCCCGCUGGGUUUGUCAUCAUUAAGCGACCAGUUCCCGAAUGGGAGCAAGAUCACUUCUGGAAGCACACUAAGUACAUCCGUGAGAAGCGUCUUAUUAUCGAAGAUAAGCGACAACACCACCGUCACAAGAGCGACAUCGAACUUGUUGUUCGCAAGACAGAACGCAAGAGGAGCAAGUCACCUUCGCCGCUCAUGCUGUGGGUUGCGGGAGGUCGACCGUGA